AUGGAGUCUAUUCGACAGCCUGGCAGCGAGAAUGAAUUUCGAGCUCUGAAAGUGCUCAGCGCCGAAUGCUAUGAUGGAUCACAGACCCCCAUCUUCGAGCGAGAGAUCUUGACUCAUCUCCGGGAAGGGGAUCGGGAUCAAUUGGGCUACGACCAAAUUUGCCAUCUGCUGGAUGAUUUUGAGCAUUGUGGACCUAACGGAACCCACGUCUGCUUUGUCUUUGAGCUGAUGGGUGAGACAUUACGAAGCUUUGGCGCUUGGUUCAUCGAAAGUAGACUGCCAAACCCCGUGAUAAGAAAAUUUACUAUUCAACUCUUAUUGGCGCUUGAUUAUGCUCACGACCAUAAUGUGGUCCAUACAGAUAUUAAGCCAGACAACAUUUUCGUCAAGUUCAGGGAUUUUUCCCUCAUAGAGUCCGGCUAUCUGAAGGAUGUUGGUAUACCGCAACAAGACAGAUCGGAGGAACAGUACAAAGUCAUUAUCUCAACACCCUUGCGUCGCUAUUACUUCAAGGAGGCCGAUAGUAGACGCGUUGCUGAAUUUGACAUCACCCUUGGAGACUGGGGCGUCUCGAGCUGGAUAGACCGCCAUCUCAGUGAAAACAUCCAGCCCGUCGCACUACGAUCUCCCGAAGUCUUGAUCAAGGCGCCGUGGGACGCGAGCACGGACUGGUGGAACCUCGGAUGCAUUCUUCUCGAACUCUUCCGAGCAGUUCGCAUGUUCAGCGGAUUGGUCCCACCAGACGGUCAUUACGAGGUCAGGCAACAUUUGGCGGAGAUUGUGAAUCUCUUUGGGCCUUUCCCCAAGGAUCUCUUGGAGAGAGGGGACGAGAAGCUUAUUCGGGACCUCUUCGACGAGGAUGGUAUGAUCAAGGACUCGCUGCCGAUGGAUCGGCCGGAGCUGGCAUCAGAAGCAUUCAUGCCAGGUCUGGAUCAAAGUGUCAGAGAUGAAUUCGCCUCGUUUUUACACGCGAUGAUGAAGAUUAAUCCCACUGAUCGGAUUUCGGCCGAGGAUCUUCUGAGACACCCUUGGUUAGGGGCACUCUAG